CAGCUGGGUACGAUACCACUUCUUUCUCUUCGAAUUGUUAAUAUGCUGAGACAGCAUACUUCUAUCUGGUGAUGGCGUCUCUAAAAAAUACCGACCGCGGGGAAGCUACUUUAUAUCCGAUAUCUUCAGGUUCCUGUCCAAAUGUUGUUUGCACUGUGCAGUCGCAGAAUGGGCUGAUCCUUCUCAUUCUCCGACCUAUAUGCACGAUAUAUAGGGUGGUUUUUGAUCUGUUCUUACUAGACGAGAUACAUUCAACACAUUCGAUCUUCAAUCCCAGGUGCGCUUACUAUGGAUUUCCAAGAUGUGUUCGGCUACUGGGGUCGAGGAAUCAUCGAAGAUCAUGAUGAUACUCUCCGCAAAGGCAUUCCCCCCACUCACCGCGACUCCUCAUGAAGAGACAUUGCAGAUACCUGCGCUCCCUAAGCAUGGUUAUGGCCCGCUGGGCACAGUUGGAAUUCUAGGCGCGGGAGUUGGUGGUCUAUACACCGCCCUUAUCCUAGAUUCGCUAAACAUCGACUACGAGAUCUUAGAGGCGUCGAACCGCACCGGCGGACGCCUCUUCACCUACAACUUCCCGAAUGGUGGUAAAUACGACUACUACGAUGUUGGCGCCAUGAGGUUUCCCCUGCCAAAGAAGGACGCUCAAGGCAAUUACAAGAUUGGCAUGAUGACGCGCCUGGGCGAGUUGAUCAACUACUCGAAGCUUAACAAGGGUUUAUCCAAGCCACCUCUAAGCUCCCAACUUAUCGAUUAUCAUUUUACGUCAAAGAGACAGGGUCAUUUUCUCUACUUCAACAAUCAACGUCAUCAAGUCUCUCAGACAUCGCGCCCUCCUGACUUCCGUGCCCGAGAAAUGGGUGACGUCAUUCGGCCGUUCGCUAAGGACCUCAUUAAAGACUUGGAGCAAAAUGACCGUUCGGGCUGGCACAACAUAAUGAAGCACAAUGCAUACUCACUUCGCUUAUUCAUGUCACUCAAGUACACUCCCAGCGCCAGCCUCCAAAUUCCGCGCACGCAUCUUUCCGCUAACGUUAUCCAUUGGUGUGAGACAUUCGAUGACAGCACGGGCGCGUAUGACCGCGGUUUAACUGAAGCGGUUUUUCAGGCGCUGGCAUUAGCCAGUGUCGAGUCGCAGACCCUUGGAGGCGUAGAAUGGAAGUGUUUUGAAGGCGGUUCUCAAGUGCUCACCGACUACAUGGCGGCAUAUCUUACUGCUAAUGGCACCAAGCCUGUCAUCCAGUUCAAUAAGAAGGUCACGAGCAUCCUUCAGAGUGGAGACAUUGCAAUGAAUGUUUCUGUGAGGGGCGAGUGUAGCCCGCGCACAUAUUCACACGUUAUAUCGACUAUUCCUCUGCCGGGCCUACGGAUGAUUGAACUCGGACGUGCUGGUUUAAAUGUGAUGCAGAAAAAUGCAUUGCGUAAAGUGCAGUACGCUCCUUCAAUAAAGGUUGCCAUGCGCUUUCGAUCAGCGUGGUGGACCGAACUUUUCGAUAUCAUAGGGGGCAAAUCAUCCACUGACCUUCCCAUCCGAACUAUCAUGUACCCUUCUCACGGUGCUGAAUCUAGCACACCGUCCACAGUGCUGAUUGCGAGCUACUGUUUGACAGAUGAUGCAGAACGCUUGAGAGCGCUCAUCAACACCGGUAAGAUAGAGUAUGAGGAGCAAUUGAAGGAACUCGUGCUGCGCAAUCUCGCGGAAGUACACAAUGUGGAUUAUAGUUUCUUGUUGGAUCAGUAUGUAGACAUGCAUGCAUGGGACUGGAGCGACGACCCGUUCGUCAUGGGCAAGUCUUUGAAUAUUGACAUGAGCCAAUCGAUUCUCACUCUCUCCGUUACAGGUGGCUUUGCGUUCUUUGGGCCCGGAGAUUUUCAAGAUUUAUACACGUCUCUCACCGUACCCAAUGCCAACAAGAGGCUCCAUUUCGCUGGAGAGGCCAUCAGCGUUCGUCAUUCGUGGGUCGUCGGUGCAUUGGACAGCGCAUGGCGCGCAGUGUAUGAAUACCUGCUCACAUCCGGACAACAUGAGAAGAUUCAAAGAUUCUUCGACCUGUGGGGCCAGAACGUCGAGUGGGCGGGCCAAUCUAAACAUGGAAAACAUGAUCCAGCUGAUCCGAACACUAUGUUACGAGUUCACAUGGGAUACACAUAUGCUGGUGAACUCACUGGGGAGGUGAAGUUUUAAAUAAGUAGCAGUGAGGUCGGUAACAUUGUCUGAAUCUGUAACAUUACUCGCCUUGUAACAUCAUUGAUGAUUAGCUCCUCAGAAUUGGUACAUGUUGCAUCUGUCAAGUGCUAGUUAUGCUACCAGAACCUACUAAAUAAAAUGAAGAUAGCUGUCCCUUAGGUACAGCAUCUGCUGGCGUGAAUACUAUACUAAGUGUACAGUCAUUGUGAUCUUGAUCGCGUAGUAACUGCAUCCAACUGCACUGGUGUGGUUGUCGAUGUAUAAUGUUGGCUUUUAUCUUUGAAUUCUCACUGGAGAUCUAAAGAGGGUGACAAAGAUGAUGAGAUAAAAAGGGAAGGACUUGAGCUGAGACAUAGCAAUCUAUAGCGAGCUUUGCAAUAAAAUUUUCAAGCUGG